AUGGUCGACUCCGAAGUGAUCGCCUCCUUUUGCGGGGUCACCGGCGCAGACAGCGAUGUGGCCAUUCAGAUGCUGGAAGCAACCAAUGGAGAUCUAGAAUCUGCCAUCAAUUUCUACUUUGCUGCCGAGGGCGCUGCAGGCGGUCCAGAUCGCGAUGACGACGAGGCCCUUGCUCGCAGGCUCCAACAGGACGCAUCUGAGCAGCCCUCCAGCGGGGGACUGGCGGCGAGCUUUGAGCCUCCCCGCGAGCUGCUCUUCCACGGCUCAUUUGAAGAUGCCAAGGAGUCUGCUGCCUCCAAGGAGCAGUGGCUGUUGCUGAACCUCCAGGCGGCCGACCAGUUUGCUUCCCACCAGCUCAACCGCGACACAUGGCGGGACCCCAUGAUUUCCGGGCUCGUGUCACAGAACUUUGUGCUUUUCCAGGUUUACCAGGGGGUGGAGGAGGCGGAGGUGCUGUGCGGGGUCUAUCGCGUCUCCAAGCUGCCCUGCAUCCUCGCCAUCGACCCGGCCACGGGGGCGCUCAUGCGGCAGUGGGCGGGGUUCCUGCCGCCAGACAGGCUGGCAGAGGAGCUGAUGCCCUUCCUCGAGCACACGUUCCUUGACCCCGGGGCGAGCGCCCUGGCCGCAAACCGGCGGCGCCGCGCUGCGCCGAGCGCGCCAGCUGGGAGCCUUCCGCGUGCCGGAGCGGCGAGCGAGGACGCUGAGCUGGCCGCGGCCAUCGCCGCGAGCCUGGAGCCAAAGGCGGAGUCGGGUCUCACGAGCGCAGGCCCCGUUCGCUGCCCAGACGGGUCGCGGCUGCAGCGGAGGUUCGAGCAGACCGCACCCCUCGAGACCCUGCGGGACCUCUGCAUCGCCUCCUGCCCCGAGGCGGCGGCUGGGCGUCCCUUCUUCCUCGCCCCCUCCUUUCCAGGCACGCUUCGGUUGCCAGGGGGCGCCCAGCCGCUGCUCGACAUGGCUGCUGACCUGACGACCUCUGGCGCAGCCGACUCCAUGCUGGUCAUGAAGUGGGCGGAGUGA